AUGUCUGACCAAGAGUUAUUGGCUCAAAUAAGGGCAUUAAAAUUGGAAAAUGAAGCAUUAAAAGUACGUCUUUCCAACACUCCUCUCCCACCUUCUCCAAAUCCUUUAUCGCUAGAGGAAUAUAAUCGUUAUGGAAGACAAAUGAUUGUAGAUAUGCCUUCUCCAAUCGAAUCCGGCCUUCCAGCGCAACUAAAAUUGAAAUCUGCCAAAAUACUAAUAAUUGGUGCAGGUGGAUUAGGAUCACCCGCUUUAUUAUAUUUAGCUGGUGCAGGUGUAGGGACCAUUGGUAUAGUGGAUAAUGAUAUCGUAGAUACAUCAAAUUUACAUCGUCAAAUUAUUCAUGAUUCUCAUAGAGUUAAUAUGUUAAAAUGUGAAUCUGCAAAAUUAUCUAUACAAAAUUUGAAUCCUAACGUCAAUGUGGUAACUUAUCCAACAAGAUUGACUCAUUCAAAUGCAUUCGAAAUAUUCGAAGGAUAUGACUUGAUUUUAGAUUGUACUGAUACUCCUUUAACUAGAUAUUUAAUUAGUGAUGUUGCUGUGAAAUUAGGAAUCACUGUGGUGUCCGGAUCAGGUGUCGGUACUGAGGCACAAUUGACGAUUUUGAAUUUCAUGAAUAUGGGUCCAUGUUACAGAUGUUUUUUCCCUGUUCCACCACCACCUACUUCAGUUGCAUCAUGUUCUGAAGGGGGUGUCAUAGGACCUUGUAUUGGUGUUAUGGGUGUCAUGAUGGCUGUAGAGGCUAUCAAGUUUAUUGUCGGUGCCUACACAGUAGAAAAUUUUGAACCUUACUUAGUGCUUUAUUCAGGAUUCCCAGGGACCUCUUCUGGUCAAUCUAUGAGAACCUUCAAAAUGAGAAGAAGACAGAAAAAUUGUGCAUGCUGCAGUAAUGAACCAAGUAUUACAAAAGAAUCCAUUGAAAGUGGUUCCAUUAAUUAUGAAUUAUUUUGUGGGUCUAGAAAUUACAAUGUUUGUCAAGCCGAUGAAAGGAUUUCUGUACAUGAGUUUGAUUCUGCCUUUUCACCGAGAGAUACUGAAAGGGCAGUCAAGGAAAAUCUAAUAAUGUUAGAUGUAAGACCAAACCACCAUUAUAAUAUUUCUCAUCUACCUGAUACAGUGAAUAUCCCGUUAAAAGUAUUGAAAAAUAUGAAUGGUUCAAUGGAACUGUUACAAGAGGUCAUUCCAACAGUUAAUACAGAAAGUGAAGUUAUAGUUCUUUGUCGGUAUGGUAAUGAUUCUCAGCUUGCAACGCGUUUACUAAAGGACGAGUUCAAAAUUGGAAAUGUUAAAGAUGUUAAGGGCGGUUUUUUUAAGUAUAUUGAUGAGCUUGAUACAACAAUACCCAAAUAUUAG